UUCUUUUAUAUACGUAAAUUAGAAAUCAUAGAUCUGCCGACUUUCUCACACCUUGAUAAGCUGACUUUGCUUACAAACUUCAGAUGCUUGAAUUUCCAUGUGAUAUUGCCGCAGUUUGUGAAGGCGCCAGAUAAGCUGAAACCAUACAUUCAUAAUCAUUAUCAGAUUUGAAAAAUUAAGGAAGAUUGUCCCUCCUUCCAAUUUGAUCACUAUAAAUACAUUCACAACUUCUCUCAACAUAUUCACAACACAUUCGACUACACAACAUUUCCAAACACUAUAUAUAGCACGAGAAAUGGAGGCGUCUACUAGCAAAAACUUGAUUUUUCCCCUUUUGGUGAUUGUUUUAUUUAUCUCACAAACACAGCCGUUAGCCACAGCUGCCAAAUCCUCUGGGCCAGCCUACACAAACUUCGUCAAAACAAAAUGCAACAUCACCACAUACCCCUCACUUUGCCAGAAAACACUAAUGCCCUAUGCGUCUUACGUGCAAUCCAACUCCACAAAGCUUUGCAUAGCAGGCCUUAAUGUAGCCACAAAAGGCGCACGCGACGCCUCUGUCAUUGUCUCGAAUCUGACAAAACAGAAGGGAAUUUCCCGAUAUGAAGCGGACGCUAUUAAAGACUGCAUAGAAGAUGUGAAGGAUUCAGUGUACGAACUCAAGCUGGCUGUUGAAGCAAUGGGACAUCUAGGUGAUAAAGAUAAGGAGUUUCAGUUGUCUAAUGCUAAAACGUAUGCAAGUGCUGCAAUAACAGAUGCAGACUCAUGCACUGAUGGGUUCUCCGACCGUAAGGUAAAUCUGAAAGUGAAGGACAUGGUAGAUAGAUGCAUGUCAGUUGUUAUCAGACUUAGCAGCAAUGCCUUGUCACUCAUUAAUCAUCUAUGAAUAUUGAAUAGUCUCCGUUUGUGGUUCGGCUAGAUCUGAUUUGUUGGAAUUAUUGCACAUGACUUUCUUCUUACUGUAUAAUAUUCUGAAUAUGUGAUCUUGUUAAAUGUAUGCUUUAAGAUACCACCACAAAUGUAGUUAAUUUGAUGAGACUUCAUCACGUGCACGCAAAAUGUGUAA